CGAGCUACCAUCCGCCACGCGCUCGUCGACCACAGUGUUGCCCGCUGGGAUCAAGAUCACAGAGGACCUCGCUCGUGCUAUGCCAUCAACAGCGACAUCAACGGAAGCGCCUACAAAGGGACCCCCCCGGCUACAGCGCGCCAGUGGGCAUGGAAGCUUUGCAGCGAUGAGGUGGCUUAUGUUUUUCGUCUUGCCGCAGCUCCUGUCCGUGUCAGCGCGUGCGUCCCCUUCCAGCCGGCGACACGAUGACGGCGCAGCUUUGCUCCGGUUUACGGACCGCGAGCUACCAUCCGCCACGCGCUCGUCGACCACAGUGUUGCCCGCUGGGAUCAAGAUCACAGAGGACCUCGCUCGUGCUAUGCCAUCAACAGCGACAUCAACGGAAGCGCCUACAAAGGGACCCCCCCGGCUACAGCGCGCCAGUGGGCAUGGAAGCUUUGCAGCGAUGAGGUGGCUUAUGUUUUUCGUCUUGCCGCAGGUUAGUAGUCGUAAACCUUGCCACUGUUUUAGGUCAAAUUAUGUUUGCCUAGUUGUGCUUCCAUGCCCCGGAGCUUUUAUUGAAUCUUUUAGAGCGUGUAUUGAAUCUUUCAGAGCUUUGUUGCUUUUGUUGUCUGGGGAUGUAGAGAAGAACGCAGGCCCUAUGAGCAAGCAACAAGAGGAUGAAUUCCUUGCGCUUGUGCAGACGGUCGCGAAACUUCAGAGUAGCCUUGCUCUUCUGCAACAAGAGGUAAACCUACUAACACAGAAAAACAUAGAAAGCGAAAAAUAUGCUUCCGCUCUAGAAGAACGCGUUAUCAACCUAACAACUGAACUCGACUUACUAAAGCAGAAGGAAAUCGGUAACGUCACACCUACCGAACCUCAGCUUACUACAGCUCUAAACGAACUUUCGCAGCUGAAAACUCGUUGUGACGACGCGGAGGGCAGAUCCCGUCGUAACAACCUUCUAUUUUUUGGCGUCACUGACACCGAUAGGGAAACGUGGGCCCAGUCCGAGGGCUUGGUAACCGGCCUGUGUUCCAGUAACCUAGGCGUGAAUAUCGAAUCAAGCAAAAUUGAAAGAGCGCACCGCUUGGGAGCGUUCAAUCCACAGAAAUGUCGCCCUAUAAUUGUGAAGUUUUCAUCAUUUAAGCAUAAAGAGGGCAUUCUUUCGUCGGCAUUUAAGCCCAAGGGAACACGUGCAGCCAUCAGUGAAGAUUUUCCCAUUUCUGUCCGACUUGCGCGCCGUCACCUUCUUGAUUUUGCCAAGCCUAAAGGCACGACUUACAAGCUGCGUCACGAUAAGCUGUUUUUAGAUAAUAAGUGUUAUGUAUAUGACGCCGCUCUUGGUGCCGUGAAGGAAAAAAGUGCAUAG